AUGUCCUUCAAAUUCCCUUCAUUCGACUUGAAAUCUAUCCAAGAAUCAUUGCCAACGGUUGAUCAAUUACGUGAAAGCUUUUCCAAAGUUAACCCAUCGAAAACUGUUGAACAAUUUAGAGAAUCAAUUCAACCAUUCGCGUCAAAGACUCAACAAUUGAUCAAUGAACAAUUACACCAGGUUCAAGCAUUGGCAUCGAAUACAUCAAAUAUCGAAGUGAGUGAAUUACCUCAAGAUUAUUUGCAGUUGGAAAUUGGCUGCGAUUUAUUGUUGAAAUUGUACUCUGAUUUGAUUCAAACAACUAACGAAACUUAUGGACAAGUUAGUUACGAUUAUCCACCAGGUAACUACACCAUCAACAAGAUUAGAGAUGCUCACGUUGGAAACAUUAUUGGAAACAAGUUUAACCAGUUGAAGAAUGUGUCUUCUCCGCAGGAAUUGGAGAAGAUCUUGAUGGGUGAAGCGGACGAGUCCAAUGCAGAAGGACAAGAAAACAAAGACGUGUCGAUUCAGCCAACUUCACCAGAUUUACCAAAGACAUUGUAUGGUCAUUUGAGUACAUUGGCAGCCAAACAUUCAGAAGAGUUGCAAAAGAAUUCCAACCUGAGCUCGCUUGCGUUUGUUUUGUUGAAGAUAUCCUCCACCUACCACGAAAUCGGAUUGGCAAGAUUGGACCAAGAUAAAACUAUUCUCAAAUUGAAUCAUGAGUUAAUUGAAAUAUUGAAUGCACAAUUUAUCAAAGUUAACGAAUUGAGAAAGAAGGUGUACUUUACAAGAUCUCAAUUUGAUCAAUUGAGAAACAAAUUUGAAUCCAGUGAUCCAGAAAAUGAAGAAUUGAUUUCAAAAGAGGACGAGCUAGUUAGUGCUACUGAGUUAGCAGUGAUUGAAAUGAAAAAGCUUUUGAAACCUUCAAAGAAUAUUGAUUUGUUAAAGAUUUUCGUUAAAGCGCAGAAAGAGUAUUUCGAACUCGGGGCAAAGAAAUUGGAAAACUUAUUGGGUAGUUUAGAUGAAGUCAAGCCAGAGGGAGAGGAUGAAGAAGAAUAG